GCCGCGUGGCGUCAGGCCUCGUUGCGUUCGCGCCUCCUAUUUAAGCCGCUCCUUCCCUCCUCCCCCACGGGCCACAGGGACCGGAGACUCCUCUUCCACUCCCUCCCCAGCCAGAUCCAGAUCUCGCGGCGACAGCGGGGAGGCAUCGCCGGGGCCGGAUCGAUCAGGAGUCACUUGAAUAGAUUUAGGCAUUUAGCAAAAUGGUGAAGAUAUGCUGCCUUGGUGCUGGAUACGUUGGUGGCCCAACCAUGGCCGUCAUUGCGCUUAAAUGCCCUGCUAUUGAAGUCUGCGUUGUCGACAUUUCUGUUGCGCGUAUCACAGCAUGGAACAGCGAUCAACUCCCUAUUUAUGAACCAGGCCUUGAUGAAGUGGUCAAGGAGUGCCGUGGCAGGAACCUCUUCUUCAGCAAUGACAUUGAGAAGCAUGUUGCUGAGGCUGACAUCAUCUUUGUCUCUGUGAACACACCAACCAAGACCCGUGGUCUUGGGGCUGGCAAAGCUGCGGAUCUAACCUACUGGGAGAGUGCAGCCCGCAUGAUCGCUGAUGUGGCCAAGUCUGACAAGAUUGUUGUUGAGAAGUCCACUGUCCCUGUCAAGACUGCCGAGGCCAUUGAGAAGAUCUUGACACACAAUAGCAAGGGAAUCAACUUCCAGAUCCUCUCAAACCCAGAAUUCCUUGCGGAGGGCACAGCGAUUGAGGACCUUUUCAAGCCUGACCGUGUGCUCAUUGGUGGUCGGGAGACUCCAGAAGGCCAGAAGGCUGUUAAGGCCCUGAAGGAUGUCUAUGCCAAUUGGGUCCCUGAGGAUCGAAUUCUCACUACCAACUUAUGGUCAGCUGAGUUGUCGAAGCUUGCAGCAAAUGCCUUCUUGGCUCAGAGGAUCUCUUCAGUGAAUGCAAUCUCUGCUCUGUGUGAGGCCACUGGUGCCAAUGUGGCAGAGGUGGCCUAUGCUGUUGGCAAGGACUCAAGGAUUGGACCCAGAUUCUUGAAUGCUAGUGUUGGUUUCGGAGGCUCCUGCUUCCAGAAGGAUAUCCUCAACCUUGUGUACAUCUGUGAGUGCAAUGGACUGCCUGAGGUUGCGAACUACUGGAAGCAGGUUAUCAAGAUCAAUGACUACCAGAAGAGCAGAUUCGUGAACCGUGUGGUGUCUUCCAUGUUCAACACUGUCUCUGGAAAGAAGAUUGCAGUGCUUGGCUUUGCAUUCAAGAAGGAUACCGGUGACACAAGGGAAACCGCUGCCAUUGAUGUCUGCAAGGGCCUUAUUGGAGACAAGGCCAGGAUUAGCAUCUACGACCCACAGGUGACUGAGGACCAGAUCCAGCGUGACCUUGCAAUGAACAAGUUCGACUGGGACCACCCUAUCCACCUGCAGCAAAUGAGCCCAACCGCAGUGAAGCAGGUCUCUGUGACCUGGGAUGUUUAUGAAGCCACCAAGGGGGCGCAUGGUAUCUGCAUCCUGACCGAGUGGGAUGAGUUCAAGACACUUGACUACAAGAAGAUCUAUGACAACAUGCAGAAGCCGGCGUUCUUGUUUGAUGGCCGCAAUGUAAUUGACCCUGAGAAGAUACGGGAGAUCGGCUUCAUUGUUUACUCCAUCGGGAAGCCCCUUGACCGCUGGCUCAAGGACAUGCCUGCCGUGGCUUAAGUGGUAACAAUCCUAGGCAGGUCGUUGCUGGUCGUUUUCUUUGUUCUAGGACUCUACAAACUACUUCCAACAUCCUACCUUUCAUCUGCUAUAGCCAGCUAUAUAGAUCACAGUGGGCAGGGGUCGUUUGCCCCGCUUUGUUUUGACUGUACACUUCAUAUGGAUUGCCUUUGUUGGCUCGUUACAGAUAAAUGAAUAACAGAAAGAUUUAUCAGAUGAUUUCUAUAA